AUGUCCGAAAAAUCAGAAAAAGAUGAAAAAUGCGGAUUGUGCUUGAUUUACCAUCACUAUAUUUGUAAAAUGAAAGCCGAUAUUCUCUGCAGCUGUGGGAGGAAGAUUUCAAUCAGCAAAGCCGGAGAGCCGAAGAGGCCGCUCUUGCUCAUGGAAUACAAAUGCCUCGUCGAACAAGCGGAAGAAAAGAACGAAGAUGAUAAAAAAGAGGCGGACGAAAGUAUGCCAGAAUUGACAGACCCUGAAUAUCAGAAAGAAACCGAAGAGACUAUGACGGAAGACACAGAAGACGACGACAGAAUAUCCGUAACAAUCAACGAGGACUUUUUCUCCGAACCAGAAUCAAGCAAGAAAUCCACGAGGACGAGAAAAACCUCCUCAGACAUGGAUCUUGGCGAAUCUACCGAAGACGAAGUCGAAGAUUCUGAAAAAAUGCCCGAACUACACUUAGAACAAGACGCUCCUGAACCAGUUCCUCCGCCACCGUCGCGUGAAAGACCAGAACGCAAAAAGACUUUCUCUUCUGAGCCGCCUCCAAUGGACGAAGUCCCAAUGCACAGCGACGAGCCAACAAGCGAUUUCAUCAAUGAAACCGUAGCGCCUCCACCCUUCGACGAAGAAGACAACGGUGACGGGAUUUCGUUUUCUCAGGCAGAUUUGGCGGCGAUCUCUCGCAGUCGCCUCCUUAGUCCCAUUCAGAAUCGCACCGCCGAUCAUGGCUCUGACAGUAGUCUCUCUGCUUCAACAGACGAUGAGGCGGAUCUGCCCGCGCGAAUUGCACACAGAGAUCACCUUGCGUUUAUUAAACAGGAGCCUAACUACGAUACUAAAAUGCCCAUUGGUCCAGCUCUACCACCACAUUUACAAAAACAGCGAGAAUCACCGGCUGAAAAUGAAAGCAAAGAAGACAAUGCAGAUAUCGGUCCAACGCUCCCUCCUCAUUUACAGAAAAACAUCGGCCCUUCUGUUCCUCCCCAUACCGAGUCUACCGAAGAAUCUGAAAGAAUAGGGCCGGUUCUUCCCCCACAUUUACGUCAGAAUGAAGACUCGCAGGCUGAAAGUAUAGGUCCAUCGCUUCCUGCUCAUUUACGACAAAGUGUGGAAUCAACUACUGCCGGUGCGUCAUCUAUUGAGAAUGAGCCCGUGUCAGAUAUCGGGCCCGCGCUUCCUCCUCACCUAAGAAGUGGAAAUGAAGAAAGUGACGUCGAGGAAGAGUUUGGCUGUCCCCUCCCACCUCCUCCAGUCAAAGGACCUUCGCGCCCGCCUGCAGAGUAUACUGAAACUGAUGACGAUGAUUACGUCGUCGGACCGGCUAUUCCAGCAUUUUUAGCAGCAGGAGGAGCGAGUUCAACGCAAGAGGAGCUUGAAGAAGCAGAAAUCGAAGCUCGAUUUCAAAAGAAUUCCGAAAAGAUGAAGAAGAAAAUCACAACCGGUGACGAGAAAAAGCUAGAGCGAGAAGAAUGGAUGUUGGAGCUUCCGUCUGUUAGAACUGGAAACGCAAUUGUUGGUGGAACAACAUUCCGCAAACACGAAAUCGCUGCCAACAACUUUGGUCGCUCGGAAUGGACGAGAACACCCGGGCAAAAGGGCCCUUCGAAGAAAGAGGCAGCUGAAGAAGAUCGAAAGAGAAUCCAGGCCUUUGCCGAAUACGAGAAGAAUCAAAGGAUGGCGAAGGAGCUUGAGAAGGCAAAAGAAGCAACAAAAAGGCCUGCGGAAUCACUCUUCGCCUCGCACCAGAAGAAGCUGAAGAAAAAGGAAAAAGAAGAACGCAAGAAAGCCGGUCACAAGAAAGAACGAGUGGCUUUCAAUCGCGAAACCGAUAUGCAGUCGACUAUUCUUUCAGAUGCUCAGAAGAAGCAAAUGCUCAAGAAAACAAUGGGCCUUGGAGGACGCUUUUCUUCCGGCGGUGGAAAGUUUUUAUGA